AUGUUCUCUUUCAUUUUCUUUCUUUCAUUUAUUCCUUCUUUCUUUUAUAUUCUCAUUCGUUUUCUUUCUUUCAUUCCUUCCUUCUUUCUUUUAUAUUCUCAUUCGUUUUCUUUCUUUCAUUCCUUCCUUCUUUCUUUUAUAUUCUCAUUCGUUUUCUUUCUUUCAUUCCUUCAUUCUUUCUUUUAUAUUCUCAUUCGUUUUUUUCUCAUUGAUUCUUUUUUUUUUAUCAUUCAUUUUUCAUUCCUUCCUUCUUUCUUUUUAUAUUUCAUUUUCUUUCUUUUUAUAUUCUCAUUCGUUUUUUUCUUUUCUUUCCUUCCUUCUUUCUUUUUAUAUUCUCAUUCGUUUUCUUUCUUUUUUCCUUCCUUCUUUCUUUUAUAUUCUCAUUCGUUUUCUUUCUUUCAUUCCUUCCUUCUUUCUUUUUUAUUAUUCUCAUUCUCAUUCGUUUUCUUUCUUUUUUCAUUCCUUCAUUCUUUCUUUUUUAUUCUCAUUCUUUUAUUGAUCUUUCGUUUUCUUUCUUUCCUUCCUUCUUUCUUUUUAUAUUCUCAUUCGUUUUCUUUCUUUCAUUCCUUCCUUCUUUCUUUUAUAUUCUCAUUCGUUUUCUUUCUUUCAUUCCUUCAUUCUUUCUUUUAUAUUCUCAUUCGUUUUCUUUCUUUCAUUGAUUCCUUCUUUCUUUUAUGUUCUCAUUCAUUUUCUUUCUUUCAUUCCUUCCUUCUUUCUUUUAUAUUCUCAUUCGUUUUCUUUCUUUCAUUCCUUCCUUCUUUCUUUUAUAUUCUCAUUCGUUUUCUUUCUUUCAUUGAUUCCUUCUUUCUUUUAUGUUCUCAUUCAUUUUCUUUCUUUCGUUCUUUCUUUUAA